CAAAUCCCGCGAGAGCCAGGGGCGCGCUGCGACCCGCGGUGCUAAGAGACGCCGCGCUCCUGUUUCCGCACCUGUUCCACUCGCCUUCCUGCAGGAGAGGGAAGGCGGGCACGGGUGGGAUCCUCCGGGGAGUGCUGCUCGGCGCUGAGGCCGAUGCCCGCCGCGCUGCUGCGGCGAGAUGGAGACGGAGCGGGAGGAACCCGGAGCUUCAGACCAGGCCCCGGCUCCCAGCGGGCUCUCCCCACGGGCUUCCCCGGUGGAUGAAAGCACCGACCCGCCAGCCGGAGCCAGCGAUCCGGCCCUGGGGUCCCCGAGCCAGCAGCUGGAUGAAGCAGACCUCGCUUGUCUCUCCGCCCUGGAAGCUGAGUUUGAUCCUGAGUUGGGACCUUCGGUAGGGGAGUCAGAACUUUGUGGAAAUGAGAGGCUCCCUGCCGAAGUUGCAGACGGGCCCGAGUUGGAGCCUGGAGAAGCCGGGGCAGAGGAGGAAGCGGCUGCAGAGGAUGAGGGAGAAGUCGUUUGGAGCUACAACUUUUCCAAGGCCCCUCGGUAUCUUAGUGGCUCCUGGUCCGAGUUCUGCGCCCAGCCGGAGAACUUCUUGAAGGGCUGCAAGUGGGCUCCCGACGGCUCCUGCAUCUUGACCAACAGCGCUGACAACAUCCUGCGGAUUUACAACCUGCCCGAGGAACUGUACAAUGAGGGGGAGCAGAUGGCAUGCACAGAAAUGAGCCCUGUCCUGCACAUGAUGGAAGGUGACACCAUCUAUGAUUACUGCUGGUACCCUCUGAUGUCCUCAGCCCAGCCCGACACCGCCUUUGUGGCCAGCAGCAGCCGGGAGAAUCCCAUUCACAUCUGGGACGCAUUCACUGGCGAACUACGAGCUUCGUUUCGCGCCUACAACCACUUGGAUGAACUGACUGCAGCCCAUUCACUCUGCUUCUCCCCGGAUGGCACCCAGCUCUUCUGUGGCUUCAACCGGACCGUGCGUGUUUUCUCCACGGCACGGCCUGGCCGGGACUGUGAGGUCCGAUCCACCUUUGCAAAAAAGCAGGGCCAGAGUGGCAUCAUCUCAUGCAUCGCCUUCAGCCCGGCCCAGCCCCUCUAUGCCUGUGGCUCCUACAAUCGCUCCCUGGGGUUGUACGCCUGGGAAGACGGCUCCCCUCUGGCCUUGCUGGUCGGGCACCAAGGGGGCAUCACUCACAUCUGCUUUCACCCUGAUGGCAACCGCUUCUUUUCAGGGGGCCGCAAGGAUGCUGAGCUUUUGUGCUGGGAUCUCCGGCAGCCUGGCCAUGCACUGUGGUCCCUGACUCGAGAGGUGACCACCAACCAACGCAUCUACUUUGAUCUGGACCCGAGCGGACAGUUCCUGGUGAGUGGCAGCACCAACGGGAGUGUCUUGGUGUGGGAUAUCAGUGAGACUGGAGGCAUUAAGAAACCAGAGCCAGUGCUGAGCUUUCUGGCACAGAGGGACUGCACCAACGGCGUGAGCCUGCACCCUAGCCUGCCGCUCCUGGCCACUGCAUCUGGUCAGCGCGUGUUCCCAGAGCCCACAGAGAGUGGGGACGAAGGGGAGCAGGAACUGGAGCUUCCUCUGCUGUCACUGCGCAAUGUCCACCUUGAAUGUCAGCUUCAGCUCUGGUGGUGGGGGUGGGACCCGGACCCCAGUGGCACAGAGGAUCAGAGUGAGAAAGGACAAGGAGGGACGGAGGGAGGUGGGGAUGAGCCUGUAUAAAGAUUUUAUAUG